AUGGCUUGCAAGGAUUCUUUCAAGGCCACACAGAAGAAGGAGAGUUCCAAUACCCCAGGUUACCACAAUGAGAAAGGUUUGGUGGCAUGUUUGUGUGUGCACAACAUCCCACUAUUGAUUUGCAACAUUACCACUCCUGGUGAGUGGCAGAUGUAUGCCAUUGCCCUCAUUUGCCAACUAAGGGAAGAGUUGCCUUCCCACGCCACUCUUGGGGUGCUCUACAACAUUGGCUGUGUUCUGAAUCACAGCUGUGCCCUGUAUGGGUAUCUAGGUCCUCUCUGGUCCUGUGUUGUCAUGGCCAUAAGCAUACUACAUUUCUACAGACACCAGUGGGCAUAUCAGCAGGCAUACAGCCCUUGCCAUCAGGCUGGUUUCAGCUUGGCCAAUGGUGAGCAAAUGUCU